ACGGACAAUAACAACCAAGUCCGACCAAUAAGCAGGCGAUUGAUGGGAAUCUGAUAUUGAACUCGGGUCUGUCUUGCUUAUUGUCAAUAGGACUACAGCAGCGUCGCUAAACCCGUCGGCUUGAGCAGGCGUGUGUUUGUAGAGAUUAGGAUAGCUGUGGAUAUCUCAGGGUCGAAUCAAUGUCUGAUACUUCAGAAUUUCCCCAGAAGGAAGAAAAGGAGGACAUCACACCCGAGGAAGAACAAGGGAACCAAUCAGAAGACAGCAGCGAGGACGAGGCCUCCGGGGCGACAGAGAUGGACUUUCUGCGUAACCUCUUCUCCAGCACCCUGGGCCUUGGCUCGGUGGAGAAGGUUCUAGAUGAGCUCAACCUGGAAGGGUUGGCGCGUUACAUACAGAGUGAAAAAUGUAAAAACAUAGUCUGCAUGGUGGGAGCAGGGAUAUCCACCUCGGCUGGGAUUCCAGACUUUCGCUCCCCAGGGACUGGUCUCUAUGCCAACCUGCAGAAAUAUAACCUGCCGUAUCCAGAGGCCAUCUUUCAGAUUGACUACUUCAAGAAACAUCCUGAGCCAUUCUUUGCCCUGGCUCGGGAACUCUACCCAGGACAGUUUAAGCCUACAGUGUGUCACUACUUCAUGAAGAUGCUGAAGGACAAGGGACUGCUCAGGCGCUGCUAUUCACAGAACAUCGACACCCUGGAACGGGUGGCCGGUCUGGAGGGAGAUGACCUGAUCGAGGCUCAUGGAACGUUCUUCACCUCCCACUGCGUCAGCUUCUCCUGCCGCAAAGAGUACAACCUGGAGUGGAUGAAAGAGAAGAUCUUCUCUGACGACAUCCCCAAGUGUGACAAGUGUAGCAGUCUGGUCAAGCCAGAUAUCGUCUUCUUCGGAGAGAGUCUUCCUGUCCGAUUUUUCACUUCAAUGAAGAUGGACUUCCCGCAGUGUGACCUCCUCAUCAUCAUGGGAACGUCCCUGCAGGUCCAGCCUUUCGCCGGUCUAGUGGGCAGAGUUUCCAAGAGCUGCCCCAGACUGCUCAUUAACAUGGAGAAGGCAGGACAGGCUGACCCGUUCUUUGGGGUGUUAGACUUUGGGGGAGGGAUGGACUUUGACUCAGAAAAGGCUUACAGGGAUGUAGCUCACAUCAGUACGUGUGACGAGGGCUGUCUGGCCCUUGCUGACCUGCUUGGAUGGAAGGGUGAGCUGGAGGAGCUGGUGAACAGCGAGCACAGCCGUAUAGAAGCUGAGGACCAGCAGGAGGAAGCCAGUGGAGCUGCCAGCGCUGCGGCCGAGGCUGGCACACCACCGGCCGCCCCGGAAGACAAGACCACGGACCAGCAAACCAACGAUUAAACAUAAAAUGAUUGGAGGUCGUCCUCCUUGCUUGACCAAUGGGACGGUGAGAUGAGUCCUGGCGUGCGAUUGGUUUAGAAGGGUAUUUACUGUACAGGGGACGGGGAUUCAUUCACAAACAGAUGUACAGGGUGUCUGACCUUUUCUUCUCUCCUUUGCACCUUACUAAUACAGACUUUUAGCUCCCAGGAACUCAUGCUUUCUUUUGGUGUAACGGUCCCCCCCCAAAAAUGAGUUGACUUUUGGAAUUAUAUAUAUAUAUUAUUAUCCUCAUAAAAUGUGUUUACUUUUAGAUUAUAUAGUUUACUAUUAGAUUAUAUAUAUAUAUAUAUAUAUAUAUAUAUAUAUAUAUACGACCCUGUGUGUGUGUGUGUGUGUGUGUGUGUGUGUGUGUGUGUGUGUGUGUGUGUGUGUGUGUGUGUGUGUGUGUGUGUGUGUGUGUGUGUGUGUGUGUGUGUGUGUGUGUGUGUGUAAACGUAAACAAAAAAAUGUCCCGACCCAACUUCCAUGUAUCCCGGAGCCACAACCCUAAACUGACCCUGUUGUG